AUGAGAACGGUGAAAGAGGGCUUGCCAAAAUCCCAUCUCUCACGUGAAACAUCGAAUGAUGACCCCAGCAAUUCCUACACAGAGCAUCAGCCUUAUGGGCUGGAUACAAUUGGCUCCCCAGAGAACAACCUGAUCACCACGCACACGCACGACGAGAACCUGCCCUCUCCGAUCAUUGAGAAAGAGAUUGAAUACUAUCUCACAUAUGUUCAUGACCAACCAUACUGUGUAUUUUCAAAAGAGUGGCUGUUGAAGUCUCCGGGCUCAUUACCACCAGAGAUUGUGCUUCCACUGGUGGCUCUCACAUCUCGCCUCCCUCGGCGCUCUUGUGAAACCUUAUUCGGGGACCGACCCAGCACAAAAAGAUUUGCAGAAGAAGCCUGGGAGGUAUUGUCCAACCAACACCGACAUGGAGUGAUGAGUCUCUCAUUCCUCCAGGGUACCUUCCUGAUGGCCCAGGUGGACUUUUCCGAUGGAAAGGCCCAUCGAGGAUAUGCCUCGGUGGCUCUUGGAAUGCGAGCUCUUCAGUCUGCAAACUUGAACAGACACCAUGACUCCUACCUGUCGAAUACCAACCCUGAGGCUGAAGCCCGAAAGCGCAUCACAUGGGCAUUCUUUAUGCUCGAUCGCACCUAUAGCGCUUCUCGGAAUUACUCCUUAUCUCUCGCAGACAAGCAAUUUACUCUACCGUUUCCCUUCCCAGAAGCGGAACUAUCGCGAACUCGUGAUUCCUCUUUGAGUUAUGGGUCUUUGCACGAUGGCCCUGGAAAACAAGGCCAAAAGGUCGACUAUGGUGUCUUGGCUUGUCUGCUCAGGCUGUAUUCGCUAUGGGGCAAAACAACAGAGUGGGUUUUCGAGCCAUUCCCCGAGAACACACUGCCUCCCUGGCAGACUGGAUCUGCCCUUGCGAUCCUUGAAUCCGGGUGGUUGCAGUUCGAAACGCACUUCGCAGAUGCCCAUCGAUAUAUCAACGUCGAUUUCAAACGGCGCGCCCGAGAGGAGCCCGAAUCACGUACGUAUCUUUCAACCUGGGUGUGCGUGCAGUUUCUGUUUCACACGAUUCAAUGCCUCCUGCACCACCCGUUUGUCAUUAUGACCAAGCUUCGCAAUUUCAACGGGAAUAUCUCUGCGACGUUCCUACAGAAGUCGUUUGAAACAUCGCUUCUGCACUCUCGAUGGAUUGUUCGUUUCAUAAGAGAGAUGGCCGAGGUGGACUUCGAGGUCUGUGACCCAUUCCUGGGGUAUUUGGCUGCCAUCGCAGCUACGAUUCAGCUCGAGCAUACUGGCAGCAAAAACCCCCAAAUUGCCCUGUUGGUCAAUAAAGAGUUCAGAACUCUUGUCGAGUUCAUCACAGAGCUCUCCAUGCAUUGGGAGAACAUGAGCAUUUUGGCAAACAAAGUGAACGAAUUGGCUUCUCGUCAUCAGAACUAUGGCUCUCUGUAUUACAACCAAGAGGGGUUUUCUGGAGCUUUGUCUAAAAUGCCAACACCCUCAAGCAUGCCAAGAAUGUCCAUCGAAGAUGAAACGCUUAUGUGGGAGAUUCUUGACUUUGGCAGCUCGUCUGAAGGCUGCAAGCUCAAUAAAUUCAGCGAUUUGGCUAUCCCAUGCCCAGAUACCACAAAUGGCCACGGGCAAACAGGCAACGACAUGCCUACCGCGGUGGAAGGAACACCUGAAGAACCCGAAAAAGCUGAUCAAAGACGUUCAACAGCUCACAAUGUCCGCGAUCAUGGGUCAUUGGCCUUCGACCCAAUUUCCGACUCUAUCGGCCCAAAUCCUUUCCCUACGUGGCCGUAUAAUACUCGAAAUGGUGAUGUGAUUGGCCCAACUAUACCAGACAUUCCAGACUGGAUGAUUCUGGGAGAUUAUAUGGCCGACCAUUUGUGA